CAAAGAAAGCUUAAACAGCAAAAACAAAGAUCGAGAGAGCUCAGAUGGAUAAAAACCUCUCGGAUAUAGAGUUGGAUUUCUUCGCAUUCGGCGAUGAAUCUCAGGCAACAGAGCACAUUGAUCAAUGGAGAAGCGACGGCGACGGCGACGGCGACGAAGAAGAAAAAGAAAUUAACAUGGCAGAGACCAAAGCCUUUUGGGAUGAACAACAUCGUCUCCUUCAAGACGCUCUCUCUCGACCUAGCUCAACAGAAACAAGAAUCAAGAGACGCACAGAGGAAAUUAUACGAAAAAUGCAGUCGACGACUGAAUCUCACCGGGAUUCUGCGCUGAGAGCUAUCGUCGACCAUUUAAGAGAUUUGGGAUAUAACAGUGCUCUGUGCAAAUCCAAGUGGCGUCGAUCGCCUGACAUUCCAUCAGGCGAGCACAAUUACAUAGACGUAGUCGUAGAAUCAAAGACCACAAAGAAAGGCCCAGUUCGAAUAAUCGUCGAGCCCAACUUCAAACAAGAAUUCGAGAUGGCACGAGGAAACACCGAGUACAACGCCCUUGUGAGCGUACUCCCUGAGAUUUUCGUCGGGAAACCUGAAAGGCUCCGGCACGUGAUCAAGAUAAUGUGCGGGGCGGCGAAGAAAUGCAUGAAGGAUAAUAAGAUGCACAUCGCACCGUGGAGGAAGCACAAGUACGUGCAGUCCAAAUGGCUUGGCACGCGCGAGAGGGUUAUGCCGAGCGUGCCUACGAUGGCGGUGGUGUUGGAGAAGUCGGCGUCGCCGCCGAUGUUGAGACCGAGGGCGUCGAUGCUGACGUUUGAUCUGCACUGCCAAGCUGUGGAGGUUGUGUGAGCAAGAAGAGGGGAUUUGCUUGAGUAUUUCUCUUAGUCUGGAUUAGCAAACAUGGUGAUUCCCAUUAUAAGUAGUUGUACGUACCUAGUUGAGGUUAAUUCAUGUUUUAUCUUUGGGCA